CCACAGUACUUUCACGCUCUGGGGGCGCCUAGUUGGUAGGGUUGAUCCUCUGAUAGCGCAGCGAGUGGAACACGACCCACAAAUGAGAGACGGCUCCUCAUUGUCAGACACGCACCGGCAUCGGCAGCAAGCACAAGCCGCUGAAUUUGAGGACAGAACGAAUCAGACACAGUAAUGAAUAAUGCUCCUUGGCAGCCAAACAUCAGCAGGACACACUGAACCCAGGAGAGGAGGAAGAAGAGUCCAGCAAGACGCGGCGAGCGGCAGUAGUGCGGCGCAGGUUUCCAGUGCAAGGCGCGCGAGCUGAGGACCGCUCCACAACAACCGUUCACCCUUCGAUCAAUCUUCAAAUCCGUUCAUAGAUUCGACUGCGAGAGAUGCAUUGUCGUGGCAAGUGCCUGCAGCUGGCGGCCCUGCUGCUGGCCGUCGCAUGCGGCCCCGCGGCCGGCGCCGCCGUCCAUCGCGCCAGAGGCGUUGACUUCAUCACGGCGCAGCUGAUCGGCAGCUCCGUGUCGUCUCACGUGCGGCAGUCCAGCGACGACAGACCGAACGCGCACUUUUCGCGCGACGCGUGGCAGCCGGUGCAAGAGGACAGGUACUUAACCUCGCCCACUAACAGAGACUGGACAGACGCAGCCGACCGAUCGGACACAAUACACAUUAGGCGUAGAUGGGAGAAGAAGCGUAGAAAAGGGAAACGGGUGGCGCGCUCCACGCUCUGGCAGCCGGUCGAGCUGAUCACGCACGCGAAAAAAAACAAUAGCUUUAGUUCUAGAAUUUUGAAGGUCGAUUUGAAUGAUGCAUCACCAAACGCGUCUGAUUCUUUAAAUGGCACGGAUUCUGGGGAGUGGGUGCAAGUGUCGCUGACCGGGCCGGCGCCGACCAAAGCGGCCGGCCUGCCGCGGCCUCGCUCCACGUUUCAGUCGCCGUUCGAGUCGAUCAUUUCGCUGUCGCCCGAGGUGCCCCACCUGGUCAAAGGGUUCAUCACCAACUCGCACGGCGACCUGAUGCAACCCGAGACCCUGGUUGUCAAGUACCAGUCGGGCGGGGAGCCGCACAUUGACGGCAUAUACACCACCAGCCCCACGGUCGAUGGCACACUUUUUGGGGUCGUUAACUCCCAGUACCGCCCCUACAAUCCUCCGUCUACUUCCCAGGGUUCGCAUUACCCACAAUUCCCCUUCCAGGGCUCUCAUUACCCAAACUUCCCCUCCCAGGGUCCUCACUACCACGAGACCCCCUCCCAGGGUCCUCACUACCACGAGACCCCCUCUCAGGGUCCUCACUACCCUGAGACACCCUCUCAAAUCCCUCAAUAUCCGCAUGAUUUCGUGAACCGGCCGCAACCUGAAUAUAACCACCCCCAGCACAACUACGACCCCUUUGACUUCCAGCAGCACCAGAAACCUGCAGUACCUUCCCCUCCCGCCCCCACAAUCUACAGCAACUUUGACGAUUUUGAUGACUUUGGAGAAACCCUGCACAACAAGCCCAAUUUUGGUACGGUCCAGCAGGUUGCUAAACCCACCCAUCCUCCCACCAUCCACCCCCUCGUCGUGGAUGCCCCUGACAACCAUUCCCCGCAGAUGCACGGUGGCAACUACCAGUACCAGCCUCCGGCCCAGGACAAUUACGCAGAGCCUGACAUCGUGCACGAAGUGCUGGGAGAGCUGAUCGAAGGUGCGGACGAGGAGGAGACAACCCGGCCGCCAGUGGUGUACUACCCUACGCACACUACUUCUCCCAUUAUCCACUACCCUGCUCCGACGACCCCAACGACAACUACUAUGCAUCAGCAGUUGGUCGAGUCCACCUACAAGCCCCCAACAAUCAUAUACGGAGGUGUCCCUUCUCCUCCCGUCUCCCAGACCACGUCGUUGGAGCAAAACUGUCCCAACGUGACCAUCAUCGUCAGCCCCACUAUCACCAACCACAACGUGCAGAACUAUGCCACUCCAGCCCCCAUAAAAUACCCCUCAUCAUCCUCCUAUCGUCCACCAAACUAUCCCCCACCCAACCACGGAGGUCACUACGGCUACCGGCCACCGUCCCCAACCAAACCAACUGAUGUGAUCGUGCGGCCGCCGUCCCACGACACGCCCGUUGAAGAGGACGACGACGUACUGGCAAACCAGGAGGCAACAGAACCGCCGGCGACCGAGCCGCCGCAAACCUCGUCUGAGGUGCCUCCAGUGACUGAACCGCCCGUGGUAACCACCACCACGGUGCGGCCGUCUAUCCUCAAUGAACUAGGACAAAUCUUCUUCAACACGACCAGUCCAGUUUUCUGGCUGAUCCUGGUGUCCCCAGUGCUGGCCAUGUUGUCCAUGCUGGUCGGCAUGACGCGCUACGUGAUUCCAGGCUGGCGCUCCUCCAGCGAGCCACACGAUCACGGCAAGGAGGUGGCGCACAGCAUCGUGGUCACCAAGCAAAAGUACAAGACCACGACUAAGAAGCCGCCGAAAAAGAAAAAGCGGCGACCGGCCAGGGGCGAGCCGGCUGGCGUCGGCGUCGUUUGGGGUCGCAGCCUCGACACACCGCACGUGUAUGGGCGUCGUCGCAGGCGUUUUCUCGACUUUCGGCAAAUCGGUGUCACCUGAGCAUAGUCCGCGGGAUUAGGCUAAUCAAUUAUUAGACAUGCGGGGAUUUUGGUUUGAUUCUAAAAUUACAUAUCAACAACAAAUGACUCAAACCUGACUGCUUGAUUUUUGACACAUAAAGACGAAUAAAAAGACACUUAAAUUUAUUAUGACCAAAACCCCGCUUACAAUAAUUAUUUCAGUAGAUGUGCCACUUAGAAUUUUGUGAUCAACGCGUGAGGUGAUGCUUACAUGUAAAUUAUCGAUGCCAAAAAUAAUUCAAUCGCAGCCAUUUGAUCCUAAUACUGUAGAGAAUAAUUUACAUAAUACGAGAAUGCAUGCAUUUUUAUUUAAUAUAACCUCUUUCCUAACAAUUUUUCUUCUUUCUGCUGUUCGCUAAUAUAAUAAUAAUAAAAUUAUAAUUAUAACAAUAA